GGAUUAAGUACAUAUACGAUUAGGCAUGGAAUUUCCAAAUGCCGACGGAUCAAAAAAUGGUCCAUUAACAAUUGAGUGCACUGAAAAUGGAGACAUUGACUAUGAUCUCCUCAGUCCAAAAGACAGACCUAAACCAAGUAUGCCAUGGUUUGGUCUCGACAUUGGAGGAACACUAACAAAGCUCAUCUAUUUUGAGCCAAAAGAUUUCACAGAACUAGAGGAGGAGCAAGAAAAAGAGACGGCUAAAACUAUACGAAAAUAUUUGGUAGGGAACACUGCAUAUGGAACCUCAGGGAUACGAGAUGUUCACUUAGAAAUGAAGGACCAAUUAAUUGGGGGACGCAGGGGAAGCUUGCAUUUCAUACGAUUCCCAACCAGUAAUAUGGAGGGAUUCAUAGAGAUGUGUAAAGCUAAACACUUUAACAGUCUAGUUACAGAGAUUUGUGCCACAGGAGGAGGAGCAUAUAAAUUUGAAGAGGAUUUCUUUACGAAAGUUAGUUUGCACCUUCACAAGUUUGAUGAAUUGGAGUGUCUACUAAAGGGUAUCCAUUACAUAGACCGACACAAUGAAAAGGAAUGUUAUUAUUGGAAAAACUCUCACGAUCCUGAUCAAUGCGAGAAAGUUCCUUUUGAUUUUAAAGACCCUUAUCCAUACAUGGUUGUUAAUAUAGGAUCAGGAGUCAGUAUAUUAACUGUUCGUGGACCAAAUAAUUAUCAGAGAGUGAGUGGUACAAGUUUAGGGGGAGGUACUUUUCUUGGCCUAUGUUGUUUAUUGACUGGGUGCCAGACGUUUGAGGAGGCAAUAGAACUAGCAUCACAAGGGGACAACAAGAAAGUGGACAAGCUUGUCAGAGACAUCUAUGGUGGAGAUUAUGACAAAUUUAAACUCAGUGGGGAAACUGUAGCCAGCAGUUUUGGUCAUAUGAACCAAGCUGAUAAAAGAGAGAAGGCCAGUAAAGAGGACCUCGCUCGAGCAACACUCACCACAUUGACCAAUAAUAUAGGAUCCAUAGCCAGAAUGUGUGCUCAAACUCAGGGUCUUGAGCGUGUGGUGUUUGUGGGAAAUUUCCUGCGUGUGAACACAAUAUCCAUGAAACUCCUUGCCAAUGCUAUGGACUAUUGGUCUAAUGGAGCCCUCAAAGCUCUCUUUCUGGAACAUGAGGGAUAUUUUGGCGCUAUGGGAUGUUUGAUGGAAUAUGUGGGCUCUGGUGGGUCACUUAACUUUGAGGCACCACAGCUAGCUGACCAUUGAAGUGUCAAGGUCAUUCGGUUCUGGACAGGUGGCAGGUGUUUUGCUUUUCUCAUUGGAUUCGUUAUAAUUAUUUAGACAUACAUGUAUCAUCAUGUUCUCUUCAAUCUUUUAUACAGUUCAUUUUUAGCAAUUCUGAAGUAGACUCCAAAUUAUAAUGUCUUACUUAUCUUUUACUUGAGAUAUUUAUGGGUAAUCCAGGAGCUUGGAAAUAACAUGAAAGCACAGCUGAACAUGUAGAUGACAUAUGGCUUCAUUGAACACAUAGGUGGUGGAUCUUCUUGUUUCACUUUUUGUACAUAUAUAUUUUAAUUUCAAAUUCAAAGGGCUUUAUGUCUUUUGUCAAUCUUUCAUCAUUUUAUGCAAUAUUCAACUGUAUUAGAUGUUAAAAAAUCAUUUCUGAGAAUUGAGUGUACUAUGCCUAGAUGCUUGGCAAUCUUUGAUAAUGAUGUAGUAAUUAUUGGGUAUUGCAUAUUCCAAAACAACGAUCCUUGUGAAUAAGGAAAGUAUAUGUAUCUGCAAGACCAACAACUCUGUACGUACAUUUAAGAUUUUAAUUUUGAUGACUUUUUGUGUACAUUAUAUUAGCUUUGACAGUAGAUGCAUUAGUUUUGUGUGAGAAGGGAGUUAGAUUGUUGUGUACAUAUUCAAUGUUUAGAAGUGCUGUGUUUUAUAUUCAGGAAAACAAAUUGUGUCCACUAUGUGUCUCUUCAGAUCGGAAGAUGAUGAUUCUUCUGUAACAAAUCUUCCAGAGUUUAUCUUUUUUAGAGAAUACAGGCAUUAAUUUCCUAUAUACAGGGGAACAAAGUGCUUUACGGUUUUAAUUGUGAUCAUAAUUCAGACUCGCUGUGACCAGAGAGCUGUUUUAUUGACAUGUUAGACAAUUCAUGGUGAUUCUGUUGAUAUAUAGUUUGUCUUCACAUUUGCACUGAUUUCCGUAAAAAGGACAAACCUGUAUAACUGUUUUUGUGAUACUUACGUUUAUUUCAGUCCACUGAUAUAUCCAAACAUUCCAGGGUCAAUAUUGAGAUUCAAUAGUCUUACAUAGUCUAAUAGAUGUCAUUGUCUAAUGAAUGUAGUCUUGUUGAUGUCAUUGUCUAAACAAUGUCAUCCUAUUUUUAUAGAUGUCAUUGUCUACUUAAUGUAGUCUUGUAGAUGUCAUUGUUUAAUCAAUGUAAUUUUAUAAAUGUCAUUGUCUAAUCAAUGUAGUCUUAUAAAUGUCAUUGUCUAAUCAAUGUAGUCUUAUAAAUGUCAUUGUCUAAUCCAUGCUAGAUCUUCACACCACUGUAUGUUGAUAGAUGUAUGUAGAGAUUCAAGUACAUGAAUCAAAGUUUUUAGGUUUAAUUUGAAUAUUUUAUGAUAUCUAUCAGUAACAAACCUAUAUAAUGAUAUCAUAUGUAUGUUAUUUUCUGUGUUUCACACAACUUUUCCUAAAGGAGUAAUUUGUUCGGAAUGUAUCCUAGUUAUACUAGUCUAGUAUCUAUAAGUUACAUGAUUGUAUAUAUGUUGUUUGUCUCUCAUUUAGCUGGAGGUCCGUUACAACAUAUACAUGCCUAAACAAGAUCACCUCCAUUUGUAUGGUUGAGUAUUUGAUAUAUCCUUGUCCUCUGUGUUCUCAGUAUAACCUCUGUAAAGGGUGACAACACCAACCAGUAUUUGAUCCUGUUAAGGGAUCAUUGACCGACGGAACUUUCAUCCUUGUGUUCAUACAUACAUGUAUUAUAGUGUAUAUUAUGUGUAUCGGACAUUUGUAUAUUAUGUAUAUAUUUUCUAAUUUAACCAGGUCCUUAUUUGUUGAUAAUUAUUCUGUUAAUUGACUUAUGUAACAUAGGAAGUGGCAUUAAUUUAUAUAAUUGUGGUUUUUAAAAUUUGAAUUACUCUAUUUUUUAUUCAGUUUUAGUUUAAAGAUAUAAUAAUGUUCUUUGUAGAACAAUUUCUUGCAGUGUUUCUUAUUUAUCAAUGUAACAUGAUAUCACCUAAUAAAAAAAAAUCCAGAACUUUU